AUGAACGCCUUCUUCACGUCCCUGGCGCGCGGGCUGGACGACCUGGGCCGUGCCGGCGGGCUGUCGUCGCUGCCGGCGCUGCUGCGGGCGGCAGCGCUGCUCAGGGGACUGCACUCGCAGCUCACGCUCAUGGUCGGCCAGCUCCACCUGCCCCCGGGCGGCCGCUGGCUCGACGAGUACAUGGACGAGACCGCCCGCCUCUGGGACGCCUGCCUCGCCGUCAAACUCGGCCUCGCCUCCGUCGAGCGGUAUUGCGCCGCGGCCUCCUGCGCCGCCGCCGCGCUCGAUGACUGGCUCCAGGAUCCCUCCCCUCUCUCCACUCGCCAGGUGCUGCGGGCGAUCUCCGUGUCGAGGAGGGAGGCCAUGGCCGCGGAGGAGGAGAACCGCGCGCUGUCGGACGCGAGGAUCGCGCCGCUGUCGCUGCAGCUCGACGAGCGGCUGCUGCUGCGCGCCACGGACACCGCGAGGCUCACGGGCUUCAACGGCUUCCGUGGCCUCCUGUACGCGCUGCACAACGCGAGCUCACUCCUCCUGCUCAUCCUCGCCAGCGGUGCCGUCUCCUGCGCGGCCGCGGCGGCCGGCGGCGGCCCGUGCGCCGCGGACGACGACGCCGGCGGCGCGGACGCCGGGGCCGGCUUCAUGGCGUCCAUCGCAAUGCUGCAGCAGAGGAUGGCGGAGGAGGCCGAGUCCGACGGCCCCGGCGGCGCGCCCGGGAUCAUGAUGUGCGAGUUCCGGUGCGCGCGCGCCGCCGUGGAGGCGGCGCGGGAGGAGGUGGAGCGCGCCGCCGCGACGGGCCGCAAGUGCGAGGGAGGCGGCGGCGUCAAGGACAAGGUGGAGGAGCUCAAGGCGUGGCUGGACGUGCUCCGUACCGGCACCGAUAGCCUGGUGUGCCAGCUGGACGACUUCCUGGACGACAUUGUCGAGGGCAGGAAGGAGCUCUCCGACCUGUGCAGCCAUUGA